GCUACCAUCCCGAGACCUUUGGAUCCUUGGCAACAUGACGCUUGAUAACAAUCGCCUCACAACAUUUGGGCAGUAACUUAUUAAUCUUAUUUAAGUACAUAUCCUGUAUGUGACAGCUCAUUGACCGACUCUGAAUGAGGCUCAGCAGCACAUGUUCAGCUUCUCAAGCAAACACGACCGAGACACGCGAUACAGCGCAGGAAUCUAGCAUGACGGGAGACUUUCCUAGUGAACCUGGAUCAGCCCGUCGCGUGCGCAGGGAGUGGUGGCUACACGUGGGUCUGUUGUGUAUUCCUCUGCUCGCGGUGUAUUUACACAUUCCUCCUCCACAGCUCUCACCUGAACUAAACACUUGGCGGUCCUCCGGAAACACCAUUAACUUCAGAGACCAUGACAUCUUCUAUAAAGAGUCGGUUGGUGUUGUGGGAAGCUCUGAUGUUGUCCUGUUGCUUCAUGGCUUUCCUACUUCCAGCUAUGAUUGGUGUAAGAUCUGGGAUUCUCUGACUCAGCGCUUUAACAGGGUUAUUGCCCUUGACUUCCUGGGCUUCGGUUUUUCAGACAAACCGAGACCACACCGUUACUCCAUCUUUGAGCAGGCAAGUUUGGUGGAGGCCCUGGUUGCUCAGUUGGGUCUUUCAGGGCAGAGGAUCAACAUCCUAUCACAUGACUAUGGAGACACUGUAGCACUUGAGUUGCUGUACAGGAGUGACCGAAACAGGACCGGACAUAUCACCAUUAACAGCCUCUGCCUUUCAAACGGAGGAAUAUUCCCAGAAACCCAUUACCCACGAUUCAUUCAGACGCUGCUAAAAGAUUCUGGCUUUAUUUCACCCUUACUUACUCGGCUUAUGAACUUCCAGUUUUUUUCUAGAGGAAUAGGGGAUGUCUUUGGACCUUACACCCAACCAACAGAAGCGGAUUUCUGGGACAUGUGGACAGGCGUUCGCUUUAAUGAUGGAAAUCUGGUCAUGGACAGUAUCUUGCAGUACAUUAACCAGAGACUGAAGCAUAGAGACAGAUGGGUGGGAGCUUUAACCUCAACUUCAACACCUUUGCACAUGAUUUAUGGACCACUAGAUCCAGUUAAUCCACACCCCCAGUUUAUCCAGCUUUACAGCAAGCUUGUCCAAAGAUCCACAAUAUCGGUUCUAGAUGAGCAUAUCAGUCACUAUCCACAGCUGGAGGAUCCCACUGGCUUCAUAAAUUCUUAUCUCAGCUUUAUCAACUCAUUCUGAACAACUGCCUUAUAUCAAGACCAGUGAGAGUGGUCUGAUGAUAUCAGAAGUUUGGAAUAUUGUCUGAAAUAGGAUGCUCAGGAUGAAAAUAUCCUCCACAUAUGUCGGCUGUCAGUCAUGUGUUUAAAUGCAUGAAACUGAUAUAUUCAAGUAUUGUAUCAAACGUCCAAAUGACCAUAAGAAACACGUAAAGAGUGUAUUCAAAAACCAGUAUUCCUUAUAGCAAAAUUGCCAUUAACUAAAUGUUACUUAGAAGCUCAAAUGUUAUUCAAUUAAAAGGGUCUUUUUCUUAAA